CCGAAGUAGCCCUUUUUUACAACUUCCAAAGAGAGUGGCCGCUAUAUCCUCCUCCUCCUCCUCCGCUGUCUGCACCACUACAGCUUCCAUAUGCGUAUCUAGUUCCGUCCAUGGCGUCCAUUUCUAAUCUUUCUCUCCACUCUCAUCCUAAGAUUCUGGUUCGGCGACAGCCGCACCAGCAGCGGAUACGGUUUGUGCGGUUGGCAUCGGGAUAUCGCGGACGAAGUCCUGAUCUGCUUCGACUUAAGACGCUGCCGUUUGGUAGCGGAAUGAGAUGUUCGGGAAGGCAGAACUCGGUUGUGACCGCAGCUUACGGACCGGAGGGAGGCGCCAGGCGGCGAGUCUACCGGCAGUCUCAAGCCCAGCGGCCUCCGCCGGCUAAUGCUUCCGUGAAGCAGAUUGCCUCGUUUGCCCUGCCGGCUGGUGUUUUCCUUGCAGUGAGUUUCGUGAUGUGGAAAGUGGUGGAGAACCUCCUUACGCCCAAGACUUCAAGGCAAUCAUCAGUAGAAAAUAAAUCUCCUUCACAAGGAAUGAAGUGGUCUUUUGCUCCAGGUUCCAAUCUGUUUUCAGGUCUAGCCGCAAAGAUUGAUAGUCAAUCAAAGCAGACACUCAAUAUAUUUGCCAACGAACUUAGGUCAUUCCAAAGUGUUGACAUGUCAGGAAACAAUUUUGGAGACGAGGGACUAUUCUUUCUUUCUGAGAGCUUAGGGUACAACCAGGUUGUUGAGGAAGUUAGUUUUGCUGCAAAUGGGAUAACUGCAACUGGAAUUAAAGCCUUUGAUGGUGUUCUGCAGUCAAACAUUACACUAAAGACUCUUGAUCUCUCAGGAAAUCCUAUUGGAGACGAAGGAGUUAAGUUACUAUGUGAUAUUUUGGUGAAUAAUGCUAGUAUCCAAAAGCUCCAGCUGAACAGUGUUGGCCUUGGGGAUGAGGGUGCAAAGGCCAUUGGAGAGCUGUUAAAGAUAAACUCAUCUUUGCGCAUCGUUGAGCUUAAUAACAACAUGAUUGACUAUUCUGGAUUUACAAGUCUUGCUGGAUCACUUCUUGAGAAUAACACUAUACGGAAUUUACACCUCAAUGGCAAUUACGGUGGUGCUCUUGGGGCUAAUGCCCUGGCUAAGGGGCUAGAGGGAAACAAAUCAUUACGGGAACUUCAUUUGCAUGGAAAUUCUAUUGGAGAUGAAGGAGCCCGCUCUUUGAUGUCAGGCCUAUCUUCACACAAAGGUUUACCUCAUUGAUCUUGUUUUAUGAUAAUCCAUUUAUAUUGCAGCUUGUUUACUUAAUCUAACAAGCAA